GGUUUGUUGUAUACUUUAUUGGGAAUUUGGUCUGGUUUUGUUGGUUUGAGUUUUAGUUUAUUAAUACGUAUAAAUUUUUUGGAGCCUUAUUAUAAAGUUGUUUCUUUGGAUUGUUAUAAAUUUUUGGUUACUAAACAUGGUAUAAUUAUGAUUUUCUUUUUUUUAAUGCCUGUUUUGAUAGGGGGUUUUGGUAAUUAUCUUUUGCCUUUGUUGGGGGGUUUGUCGGAUCUUAAUUUACCUCGUUUGAAAGCUUUAAGUGGUGUUGACUUUUUGAUGUUUUCUUUACAUUUAGCUGGUGUAUCAAGUAUUUUUAGUUCUAUAAACUUUAUUUGUACCUUGUAUAGUGUUUUGUCUAGUAGUAUUAUGUCUCGUACUUCUAUAGUGUAUGUUCUUAUUUUACCUGGUUUUGGUAUUAUUAGUCAUGUUUGUCUUAGGUUGGGUGGUAAUUUUGAUAUUUUUGGUUUUUAUGGGUUGUUGUUUGCUAUGUUUUCUAUAGUUUGUCUAGGUAGUAUUUUGUCAUUUAUUGUUUUGUUUACUUUUGGAGGUGUAACAGGUAUUGUACUUUCUGCUUGUUUAAGUUUGAAAAAGUGUUUGUUGCAAUGUAAUUGUAUAGUGUCUAAAAUUGGAUUUAAUUUGUGUUUUUUUCCUAUGCAUUAUUUUGGUUUGUGUGGUUUGCCUCGUCGGGUUUGUGUUUAUGAUAAUAAGGUUAUAGGUUUUUAUGGGUUAUCUAGAUUUGUUACUAAUUUAAUUCUGAGACCUGUAGCUUAUCAUAAUGAAUUUCUAGUAAUGUUGUUUAGCAUUUUAUGUUAUCAAGUAGAUGUUUAUAAAUUUUGCUGGUGA